CCCAGUGUUUCUCGUUGGCUAAAAAUUUUUCCCAAUUCUUAUUCACAGAAUUCAUUUAAUGUUUGUAUGUGUGCAUUUGGUUAAAUGCAUAUACUAAGUAGAUGAAGCAUACAACAAAUGCGUGUAUACAAAAGCGUGCGUGUUUGUGUUAGUUUGACUGAGAGGAAAAUGUAUUACUAUAGGUUAAAGCAAUGAACAAUACGCCUCUGAAACGUGAAUAUGAAAAUAAGACGACAAUUAAAAUGGAUACAGUUAAGUCAGUAUAUAGCUGCUAGAAUUAUCGUGUGACAAAAGUUGAUUCCAUUUAAGGAAUUCACUCAUGACUAUUACUUAUGUUAGCAUAUUAUAAUUAACCGGAAUAUUAGUAGUAUGCAUCGAUAGUUGUGGAAUAUAACAGAAUGGAAAACUACGAUAUGAUAACUCCUCCGCCUACACACAACAUAGCUGAUGAUAACAAAAUGAUUCAUCACAGUAUCAGUCCGUUCGUCAUAUCAUCGUUAUCCUCGUCUUCAUCACAAUCACCAUUACCAUUUUCUUCAGCCUACCCAACAAUCGAUAAACCAAUGCAACAGUCAAUGUCAGUAGCACCAAAAUGGCAAUAUAUCCUAUUAUAUAUUAUACCAUUUGGCACAUUGUGGGGAAAUAUAUUUGUUUGUUUAGCUGUUUACCUGGAGCGACGAUUACGUCAUCGUUUCAAUUUAUUUCUCGUGUCUUUAGCUACUAGUGACUUAUUAUGCGCAUUAUUAGUCAUGCCAGUAUCUGCAUGGAAUAUGAUUAUGGGUCAAAACACCAGUGAUCUAGCCCUAUGCCUUGUUUGGUAUAGUCUAGAUAUUUUCUUCACAGCAACAACAAUUAUACACAUGUGUAAUAUAUCACUGGAUAGAUAUUUAGCAUUAAGACAACCAUUCGGCACAGUUCGAACACAAACACGUCAUCCAUUAAAUAGUCUUAGUGUACGUAUAACGCUAUCCUGGUUAAUACCAUUCUCCAUAGCUGGACCAUUAUUUCUAUAUGCAUUAAUGAGACAAAAAGACAGUGAAAUAGACGAUAAGAGUAAACCUCGUGCCAUAGCACUGACGACGACAACAACAGAAGCAACAGCUACUUCUACUGCCAUUAUUACUUACAAUAAUGACAUAAUGAAUACUUCCCAUGAUUAUUUUUCGGCAACAAAGACAAGUUCAACAAUGACAAUAGAAGAUUAUUUUCAUUCAACUGAAGCUUCCUAUAAAGGUUGUGGACCGAAUGAUCCAGCUUUUGCGUUGACAGCUAUUUUUAUAACAUUUAUCUUGCCACUAAUUAUAAUGAUAGUCACCUACGUACUCACUGUACACACUCUACGUAAACAUAUGAAACAGAUUCAAGCAGUUCAGUUGUACGCUGCGACAAAUAAACAUUUCACUGAUUCCAACAGACUAACAGCAUCGACAACUUCCAAGAUUAUAAAUCAAAAUGCAACUAAUAACAACAGCGACUGUUGUAAUAAUAAUAAUAAUAACGAUAAUUCUUCUGGACCACUAAAACUAUCUAGUAACAAUAACAAUGACAGCAUAAAAUUACAACGAAAUGAGAAGGAUACUACUAAUUACUCUUGCAGUAGUACAAAGCUACACGAUACAAAUUUAUUACCUGAUUCUGCCAAUAUCUCAUCAAAAUCCACAAUUCCUGAACAGAAUAUAACUGAAAUUGACAUGACUGAGACAAAGGCAUUAAAAUGUAAACAAUCGCCGGGUAGUAAAACCCACUGGAAGUUGACUAGACCAAACUACACACACACAAAACAACGACGUCGACACUACCACCAACAACAACAGACAAUAAGUCAAACACCUGAAACAACUAUGGUAACAUUUACACAAACUGAAGAGCCCAGUUUUAACACAAGUUCACAAAGUUUCUGUGAUAGUGUACUAAUUAAAACUAAUAAUAUUAAUACCGAUAGUAAUAAUUUUGAUAUGACAUUUGACAUAAAAGACGAAUUAUUGGGUAAAAAAAAUGGAGAAUCAACACCGCCUUAUAUUGCAUGUAAUAAUAAUGUCACUAUAAACAAUAACGGCAGUAGUAGUAUGAAAAUUCGUUACAAUACUCGACAAAGCUCAACAACAUCAAAUCGUUACAGCUUAGAUCGCAUACAUAGUGCUAAACGUGCUGUUCGUGUUAUCGGUGUACUAUUUAGCAUAUUUUUAAUUUGCUAUCUACCAUUCUUUAUUGUUUAUUUUAUUGAUGUAUUGUGUACUACCUGUAAUCACUGUACAGGACCAGCUAUGGCUCAUUUGGAAUGGUUAGGCUAUCUUAGUUCUAUGCUAAAUCCAUUUGUAUAUCAUGCAUUUAAUCCAACAUUUCGUAGAACAUUUCGAAGAAUGCUUAGAUGUGCAUGUUUCUGUCCAGAUAGACGAAGAAAUGAAUAUUAUGCCAAUUGGAGGAGAAAAAUUAAACUAUAAACGAAAUAAUGUGCAAAUAUACAUAUAUCUUCUUUGUUCGUAUGACUGCUAAUUUCAUUACACGUCAGGACAUCAGAAUUAUAUGUACACUUUUGGUCUUUUAAUUUCAUGAAUAUAUAUUUAUAACAUAUACCUGUCUAGUAUUUUCUUUCCUAUUUACUUUAUGAAUCGUAUAUUGUAUCUAGUUAACUACAUUAUUAUCGAGACAAUCGGAAACACAACCUAUGCGACUGUAUGA